CUGCGGCAUAAAUAUGUAAAUACAGUAUGGCCGAAAGAAGCGGAAGCUUCUUCACUUUUCCGGAUGGCAUUUUGCUAUGCGAUUGAGAGAAUUGUAAACUCGUUUCGCCGUUUGAUGUAAUCCCCGUGGAUUCACGAAUUCCCGGAACGACAUGGCAUAGACAUCUCCGCCGAGAUUUUUCACAGCAUAUCCCGACUGGGUCCCGGAUAAGAAUGUCACUUGGUCGCUACUGGUGAGAGAGAGAAAGUGAAGGAAAGAGAGAUGUUAUGUUUAUAUCUCGGUGAAGUAGGAGUACGCAUUUGUGAAUUCUAAAAUACCUACCCGCGGGAGGAUGGAGUGCAACGAGCGGCGGAAUCAGUGCACCUUCUAACGCUAUGCCGCGGCAGGCCUACACCGCGUGCCCUGACAUUCCGCUCGUCGACGAUGUCAAAGCCAUAGGCGCCGCUGCCAUGGACACGGACGUCGAGCUCGGCAAGGGCGAGGGAUGCGAAACUAUCCCGGGCUGCUCCGGCUACUCUAGCAUGGUGCACAGUAAGAAGGUCAUUAAGCAUGCGUUACGACAACAAGCCAAACGGCGCAGGAAGAACACAACGAUAGCGGCGGGCAAUUCUCGCACGUUGCCCAGGAUCGUUGUCAAGCCGCUACCACCGCCACCACCGAACGAUCCACCGUCCCCGGUCAAUAAUGUGCAGCAUGUCAACACUGCAACGGAAGAACCUGCUGCCACAAUGAGGGAAGUGUUGGCAAGUUUACCUGGAUUUAGCUUAAAAUCAAGCCGCAGGCGGUCUACAAAAAGACUGUCCGCUACCGCGCAAUUAGAAGCUGGUCUUGUGGAUUUGGAAUCUCCAGCGAGUAUAUUAGCCAGUACGAGCUUACGCGCGCUGUUAAAUAGGCAUACAUUUCAAGGCUUGCCUCCAUUGUAUCAACGGAAGCUCGCGCAACUCUUGCCUGCUGUAGACAGACAGGAUGCCGCCAUUUCUGGAUUGAACAAUGAAUUUUUUGCGAGAGCUUGCUUAGAAUGGCGAAAACGUUUAGCGGAGGGAGAAUUCACUCCGGAAAAUCAGCAACGCUUAAAGAUGGAAGCGGAACGAGAUAAAAAUAAGCUAGAUCCGUGGAAAGUGAAGCACUUUGAACCGAUAUGGGGAGAGAAGCGAGAGCCUAAACUUAAAUCGAAUCUUCAUUAUAUUACCGAAUCACGUUGUAGUGGUGCAGUAACGCGUUCAAGUUUAAGACUUCGUCUGGAAUCUAACGUGGAUAUUCCUACAUCGGAACACGUUGUCUGUCCCAUUGUGAUGACAGAGGAUAAAGUGGACACCAGUUGCAAGACCGAAAUCAACAUAAAGAGUUCCGACGAUUUAGUUAAUUCUGAAGAAGUGCAACAAAAUUUAAUGCCCUUGGAUUACAAUGUAUUACCAGACAAUGUGACUGAUGAGAAACAUUUAGAUGAUUCUAUACAAAUAAAUUCCAUGGAUGUGGUGGACGAUAUUCAAAUGCAUGAAAAUAAAAUAGAAGAGGCUGACAAGAUUACAGAUAUCUGUGAGAAACAAGAUAUGAUCGAGGCUAAUGACAUUGCGAGACAAAUAUGUGAGGAGGCCAUCUCGAAUGUAUACGAAGAGGAAACAGAUUUUCCUUCCAACGAGAAAAACUUGCAACCUAUAGAAAAUAAUGUGAUUGAAGCAUCGGAAGAAGAUACUGUGCUACUACCUGAUGAUUCGUCGCCCAGAUCGAGCGAACAAAUAGAACGUGCGUCGCACACGUCCGGAGAAUCAAUUUCGCAGUUAUCCAAUGAAUAUAUAUCACAAACAUCCAUAGAUCAAAUUUCUCAGAUCUCCAAGGAGCAGAUUUCACAAAUGUCCAGUGAUCAGAUUUAUCAGAUAUCGGAUUGCGAAACCACGAGUAUCCUCGAAAGUUCGUCACCGCAAGAUCAAGUCAGGCCCACGGAUAUCGUAAUAGAGGAUACCAGUUUGAUGAAUAGUGAUCAAGCUGAGGUGACACAGACUUCCCAUGAAAAUCCAGCAGACAGCGAAUCGCAAAUUCCAGAAGGAAUGGAAAUCGAUAGCGAGACUUUACAACGUAUUCAUGAACUCGAGGUACGAGGAGAAAUGCGAGAAAUGUAUGAAGAGAUUUCGGGUUGUCCAGAAGAAAUAAUAUAUCCUAUUCUUGAGGGAAUGGAGAUGGGUUCAACCAAUACAGAAGUAACCGAGCCGCAAGUGGUAUCUGGACAAACUGAAGAGACUACGGGAGCCGAUGUAAAUGCUGGUAAUGAGGAAGAAGCUUUACGAGAAGCAAAUAAUUAUGUCUGUUCUGAGAUGUUAGAAUGUAGUUGGACGGUAGAUCCAACCGUUAAUAACAUCAAUAAUAACACUAGGACACAAGAGGAGCUGCAGGUACCUUGGCCUUUAGUAGCAGCUGCUCUUGAUGGAUCUGUAGCGGCUAAUAUCACGGUAACGACGCAGGAUGAAUGCAGCGAGACUUCCACAACGACCGAUUCUACGACAUCUUCGCAACAGUUUAUUAACGCGGAUACUAACGUGGAAUCUGUUAAUUGUAUUCAAUUACCAGUCGUUCAAGGAACUACGUUUCAAUCAGAUGGCUUAGCUAUCAGCACACCGGGAAGCAGUUGCGUUAUGAAGAGCUUGCAAUCGCAAAGUCCACCGAUAAUCGCGUUUCCGCAAUUGCAGUCAAUCAGAUUUGUGCAAGCAAGCUUUAAUCCAGAACAAGAAACGACGUCAUCGCUAGCGAAUAACUCAUCUACGAUCUCGGCCCAGCUUCAGCCCCAGCAGAGCAACACUGCGCAAGUUAACAUGAUACGAGCGCAGGAUACCAUCACUCAAAUAAAUACUCAAAACAAUAGCACACACAAUAACGUCAAUCAGAACACCAUUGUGACGCAAAGUCAGGUGCAAAAUACUCUCUCGACUACGAUGGGAGUGCAAUCUCAGAAUCGUGCACAGAAUGCGAUUGUUAUUCAACAUCAGGCUACUACUUCUGUUCAACCUCGACAAAUUGCGGCCACUGUGCAUCAGCAGCAACAACAGCAGCAGCAGCAAACGCAACAGCAGCAACAACAGCAACAGCAAUACGCUGGACCAUCAGUUACUGUUUCGUCGCGGUCCUCACGUGUGUCUAAUCAGGGCAGCCAAAGAGGCUCCAGAAACAGUAAUAAAGAUCAAGGAGGUGGCAGAUCGAGAAGUUCUACGAAAGAGCCCCCGGGUGCUGUUAAUUUGGAACGCAGCUAUCAGAUAUGUCAAGCGGUCAUACAAAGUUCACCGAAUAGAGAUCAACUGAAGGCACAUUUAAAACCACCACCGAGUUUGCUCGCUAGAGGAGACGGUGCGUUUACAACCAGCAAAUCCGGUGGACGUACCCUGACGACGGUCAAACCCCAGAAGACACAGCAAACUAUACAACAUAAUAAACAAUCUCAAAAUAAGACGCAAGCAGUUAUGCUGAGACAUGUAUUUGCUACAGCGCGUCAAGCUACAUCAACGGAGGUUACAGAAAGUACCCCUAUAACGCAGCUUGGUUCCACCACCAGCAAUGGUCUCGGGCAAUAUAUACUUGUACAAAGAACGGGAGUUGGAGACAGCGCUCCAAGAGCAUCGUCCGCUCCUCCAUUACCGCCGCAGAUCGCAGGGAUGGGCGUUGGGGUCCAUUUAGUGCGAGGAAGACCAGCAAGCGCCGGGGAAGGCUCUCAUCAGGCUGUCACGCUGAAAGCGAGAGGCGCGGAUAGCAGAGUGACAGGCGGCGCGGAACCAGGUGCACCUGGCAUGAUAAUCGGUGGCGAUCCGCCACCUUCGCAUGAAUGUAAUAUGCAAGGAGCCAUGGCAAUUUGUCGGCAGUGCGGUGCCUUCUGGCACGAUGACUGCAUCGGGCCUCAAAGUAUCUGUGCUACCUGCCUCAUACGUUAAUCACGUCAUCUUUAUCCAACCAUUCGUGUAUAAAAUUAAGUCCGUUAUAAGAUAAGAGUGCUGGGCAUCCAGUUGAUAAACGGAAAAUACCACAUACGUUAUUGUAUUAAUAAAUUUAUAUAUGUAUAUAAGACACACACACACACACACACACACACACACACACACACACACACACAUGCACACGCACAUACUCACACACGCACAUAAUAUAUAAUAAAUUAUAUUAGAAGGUAUAAUUAAAAAGUUCGGGGACAAAAUUUCCACAAUAGUCUGUUAAAUAUAUUACAAUAUUAACACCAUGCAACAGUAUGCCAUAUUUUGUAUAAGAAGUAUAAUAUUAAAUUACAAUUUUUUUUUAAUUUUACUUAUUAAUAUUGUCCCAGAACUUUUGGUCAUACUUUAUAUGUUAAUAUGAGUGAGUACAGUCAAACGAAUGAAAUCAAUGUUUUCAUUGCUAAAACUGAUUGCCAAAAUAAUUUAUUUUUCUCUCUUUAUUUUGGGACUGAGACUGAAAAAAGGUAAUAAAAGAAAGCUCUAAUUUAUAAUAAGCUAUUGUGUACAAUAUGAUUUUAUAUUUUCUUUUUAACACAUAACAAAAGCGUUAGUUUAUAAUUGAUUUAAAUUAUAAUUUUACAUAAGCAGCUUGUAAAUGAUUUUACAAGCUGCUUAUGUAAAAUUAUACACGUUUUUAUGAAAGAAUAUAAAAAUUUAUAUUUUUAUAAAAAGGGAAAAAUAUAUUUUUGGUAAGUUUUUCUUUAAUUUUUUAAUAUUAUUAUUGAUAUUAAAAAAUAAGUUUGAAUAAAGAUUUUUUUAACAGUGUUGUUCAGCAUUUGUAGUUUUGGACUUAAAAAUUGAAAUUUAUUGAUGUUUAUGCUUAUUGUCCUCUUAUUUCAUAGUUGGUUUUUUUUUUUUUUUGUACAUGACGCUUAGAAACAAGUAUAGCCUGAGAUCGUUAAAAAUUUUACAGGUGAACAUUCAUAAUCUCUCAUGUGGGAUAAUGUAGAAAAUUAUUGGCAAAUUAAAUAAUAUUAUUAAUUAUAUAUUCUAUUUUAUUAAAAUUACAAUAAAUUUAUAUACAGAUACUAAUUGUAUAUGUAUCACUUAAAGCGUGUGUAAAAUUAUACUUUUAUAUGUAUUGUUUAAAAAAUAUAUAAUUAUGUAUUUUUUAAAUACAUGUUUAUAUGUAUUAGGAAUACAACAGUACCUUAUGUAUAAUGAUAAUAAUACUUUUAAAUAGUGACACAUGUCAAAAAUUUUUAAUAAUUUUAGAUUAGUUUUGUUGCUAAGAACAAGUGUUGUGCGUUACAAGGAAACAGAUAAAAAAUGAGAAGGAACGUGUGAAUAUCAACACACUUGUAAUUUCAAGCUCAAAACUACAAAUUCUGAAUAGCACUAUCUUAUAAUGAUUAGUUAUAUAUUAGAAGUGAAAAUGUUAAAAAUGCUUAUUUUAAAACUAAAAAGUAGACUGAAUUUGGUAAUUUGUUAUAGUAACAAAUUUAUCUGUUUGACUGUAAAAGAUACUCGAGUAAAAUUAUUUAAUUUGAAAAUUAUAAAUUAUUGCCCAGCACUCUUGUAUAAACGGAAGUCUUUACAGAUUAAGGGUAAUGAAGGAUACAGUUGUGGGUAUUGAAAAAUUUAAUAUUGCUAUACAGCAGAUAAAAAGAUAAAAAACAAUUACGGAGCAUCUUAUUCUGUUAUCUUGCCUAUCAUAAUUUUAUUAAAAAUUGAAGAGUUAUAAUUAUUAAUACACAUAAUAAAAUUAACAAACUUUUAUAUAACCUUGUGUAAACACUGUACACAAAAUUAUGUUAAGACAUAUUAGUUCAUAUUAUUAAGUGUAGCAAAACUUACUUAUUAUUAUAAUUAUUUGGAGAUGAUACAAAAAAGAUUAUUCGUUGAAUAAUUAAUUGAAAUUUCAUUGCUUCUUUAAGAGUGUUUUGAAUUCUUUAUUAUUGAGUGAGUUUAUAUAUUAUCAAUAUUUCUAUUAUUAUACUUUUAUUUUUAAAUAUAUAAACAAAAAAGUUUUUAAUAUUCGACGAAUACAAUAAAAAAAUCUAGUAAGGUUAUUUUGCGCAAUGUUGGUUUUUUUUAAAUCAUUAAACUCUAGUCUGUAUUAUACAUAUACUUAUAUAUUUCUUCUACAUUAAUUUAUUUUGCUAUUUAUUGAUGAUAAUCUUUUUAUAGUUUUUAUAUUCUUUAUUACAUAACACAUUGCCAUUUUAUAUGAUUAUUACAAAAAAUAUAUUUACAUGCAUUCAGUCAUCUUAUUUAUUAAUAAUGUCAUCUGCAUUUAUCAAUGCGAUGUAACGUGUAAUUUUGAUUGCUCAUUCCAAUAUUUCAACUGUAUUCUUGAAACCCUUGCUUAUAAAAGUUUAAGACAAAAAGUUUAAUCUCUUAUAUACCGACCCUUAAUACAGUCUUCCACUAAAACAUCACACUCUAUAAUAUGUGUAUGUUUGUUAUUUAUUUAUUAACACACGAAUUUAUUUUUAUUAUAGCUGCGUAGAGGAUAUUCCUGUACAUGUUGAUCUCGAAGCUAAACGACAAAUCCUUUGUACAUGCUCUCUUUUAAUCAUUCCUUUGGGAUAUAAGGCGAUCUACUGAACUCUCUGAGUCUUAAUAUAGUUCAGACCUACCUUUUACACAUGUAUUAGUACAUGUUGUAUGUCAAACUAGUACUGUCGAACAUUGUGUACAGGAACAGUAAUAUAUCACGAGAAUGAAUAAUUGAUUAAGGUUAACGAUUUAUUGCAAAUAAUAAAAGAAAUAACUGAAUAUUCAUAGCUCUAACAUAGAUAUACAUAUUGUAGUCUGUAUCAUUCAAUUUUGCCCCACUUUGUUACAAUUAGUUUUUCUAAUGUUGUUAAUCAUACCAAGGAAUGAUUUGUUGAGAAAUUGCAAGCAGUAUGAUAUUAACAUAAUUUUAUCUGUAUGCUCUGUAGUAUAUCUAGAAAUAUUCUGUGCAGUACAAAUGAUGCAGUAACGAUCCUCUUAGGAUCGUUUGAAAAUAUCGUUUCAGGCAAUCUUAAGGUAAUUGAAAUAUCUUGAAUUUUUAAUUUGAAUUAGAACAUAUAUACAUUGUAUUCGAUGCUAUAACUGUACACCUGAAUGAUGCAUGAAAUGUACGUCAUAGUCGACUUUAGUUGUACUCGUUUUUUUUUUUUUUUAGUUUUCAUACGAAUAAGAUACAUUUAUUCUCUGCGUCAAAUUGGUAUAAAUUUAUCUGCAACUGAAUAUUUCCGAACAUAAAUUUAAACAUUGAAUAUCUAAGAGUGGCAGAACUAUCCCAAUGUUAAGAUCAAAAUACACAUACAUACAUCGCCAAAAAUUGAAGAAUUUGUGUAACAAAGAAAUAAUUCUAUAUGAUGAAAAAUAAGUUUAAGAAAAUGUAAAAAGAUAAUGAAAUUAUUUUACUAUUUUAUUUAAAAUUGGCUUUUUCUACUUUAAUUCAAGGUUUGAUAGUUAAAAAUUAAAUAUUGAAAAUUUGAACUGCUUAGAUCUAUCAAAUUUUUUAACAAAUUUUUUAAAUAUUUGGAAAUGGCAUAUUUAAUCAAUUAUAACAAUAACACUUAAACAAAAAUGAUAAAAGUGAUAUUUUUAGAAAAUAUUUUCGACGAAACACUAAAGAAUUGUUUCUAAAAAUAUGUAUAUAAUUUAUAUGUAAUAUAGUAACUUAAUGAUUAAUUACCAAAACACCAGUUUAUUGUAAGAUUGUAAUUCUGCAUGAAACUCAUGUCUUACGAAUAUAUUAUUUUAUUUACAAGGGUCUAAUAUAUUUACAAUUGCAGCGUCAUUCAAUCACUCAUCUUUCAGUUAAGUUCUGUGCUAGCGCAAAUAGGUACACCAUACAUCGUAUAUCAUGUAUCAAAAUGUAUAUUAUGUUAUAACAAGUUAGAUUUACUGUAAGAGUAAAGAAUGUAUGAGACAAUAGAAAAUGUGAUGCUUGAGAUUGAUGAGAUCAUGGUGUGCAGUUGCAGCAUUAUAAUACGUGUUUCAUGUACAUUAUAUUCAUUAUAUCUUACCUUCCUCUCUAUGUGCAUACAAUCAGAAUUAGACCCUUAACCUGUCAUUGUUAUGAUAGUAUAAGGAUUUUAAACAGUUGAAGAAUUUUGAGGCAAUAAUAUGCUAAAUCGCGUGUAAAGACGUGUCGAAGCGUCAGAGCUCAAGCUCUGUAAUUAUUUGCUGACCCUAUUGCAUGCUGCAAAUUAAAUCACUUUACAUAUGCAUGUUUUUUUUUUUUUAGAAACUGUAUACGAAGGACUAGAUCUGAUAGAUCUUUUUCCGUUACUCCUUUGUGAAAAAUUUAUUUUGUAUGAUUUGACAUGUUAUCGCCUUGGCUAAUCAACUUAUACUUAAUGAAGUUAAGAACGCGUUGCAUUGUGUCAUACUUCUCUUAAAUAUUUUUAAUCAUAUUACUUAUUACCGAUAUUUAUGUCAUCGUGAUUAUAAUGUUUAUUUUUUAUCAAGUAAUGAUAGUAACUAGUAUUAUUGCAAUUCAAUAGAAGUUACUCUGUAUCCGUCGCUCAAAUGUAAAUAAAGUAACAUACGUUUAAUAUGGAGAAGUUGUUUAAUGUGCAAGUAUAUCACGAUUGAAGAACGUUCGAUAUAUACAUUUUUUAAUAAAUACUUUUGCAAUUACGCAACACACAAUUAGAUCGUGGAUUGAUAAGGUAAUAUCUCCAUUUAAUGUGAAAGACGUUAUUUAAUAUGCAAAUGUACAUUAUAAUUACAAGAUAUUCGAUGCGUAUUUUGAAUAAAUAUAGCAGCUGCGAGAAAAGCAUCAUCUCUAUAUCAAGAUACUUUUACUGUCAUACAAUUGGCGCCAUAAUGUUAACUAAUAUUUAGGGAAAUAUAACUUAUGUUUAUUAUAUACUAGGUAUAAAAUAUAUAGGAAUAACCGAUUAUACAUAUGUACAGACAGACUUACACUGGAUGUGUAACUAUAUCAUAACAUAAACGGACUGAAUUAUAUAUAUGUGACUUAAAUGAAAAAAAAAAA